GCCCCCCCGACCCGCCUCCCUCGCACCGCCACCGCCCCUGUCCUGCAAAAUCGGCCUUGGGUCGCAUCUCGCUCCAUCGCAUGUCGCCCGCACGCUCGCAUGUUCUCCAUCUCCCAAAGCUCUUCUCCAUCGCAGACCCUGGCCGCCGUGGUCCUGGCGCAAUGAAACUCUCUGUCGCUCUUCUCUGCGCUGUGCUGCUGCACCUGCCCUUCGGGCUGGUCGCAGCCCAGCUCACCCCGCAGUUUGUCACCGAUCCACCCCUCCAGUCAACCAUCAACCCUGCCAACUCCUCGUUUGUCGUUACAAUCCAAUGGUCUGAGAGCCAAACCGCAUGGGAAAUGGCGCCAGGCAGUUCCUACAGCAUUUGUCUCUGGGGAUUGCCUGGCCAAAACACCCUGGCCACUCUGCCGGUGCCUUCAGCCCCAGGGAUCGUCCCGGUCAGCGUCCCAUUCAACAAGAACGUCACUGCGGGCCCCUAUUCGGUUCGGAUCUGCGCAACUCUCAACGGCGGCUGGGUCUGCCAAGAGCUCACUUCCCCGCAGCUGAUCAUCACCGACAGCGAUCUGCAGCACAUCCAAACCUCGGCCCCGACUCCGACUGCGACCCAGCCGUCAAAGUCCUCUGGACCAUCCAUUGUGGGAACAAAUGCUCCACCUGUCGAUGCAAACCUCACUGGCGGCUCUGGCAACAUGGCCAUCAUCAUCGGCGCUAUCGUGGGCACACUCUUUGGGCUCUUUGUUCUCACCCUGGGGCUCUACUAUCUCAUCUACAACAAGCACACUUUGAAGAGCGUCCCGACGACCAUCCCGGCCGACGAGGAGCGGCGGUCCACCCUACCCAGCUCGCAGUACCAGCUCCAGUAUCCUCGGCGAACAUCGAGUCUGUCACUGCCGCACCAGCUCGUUGUUGAUCCGUCGCUCGUUACCGGCCCCUCGGCACCCCAAACCUCGACGGAGCCGCUCGUGAAUCGCAACGAAACCAAUAGCUCUGCCGGCAGUGUACGCUCGUCCAUAUUCGCCUCAACCGACCAGGAGGCCGAGAUUGUCUUCAUGGCAAGCAACCUCGUUCGUCGCUCGGUCACGUCGGACGGCAAGCCUGUCGGCAAGGUUCCGAUGACUGAAACGGAGCGCAAUGCUCUUGUGCAGGUCAUGUCGCCCUCCCAGGGCAAUCUUCCGGACAUCCCGCACGUCUUUAUCCCCUGGACAGUCAAGGCGCCCUAUACCGCAAACAACACCGACGAGCUGACGAUCUAUCCGGCCGAACUCGUGGCGGUCCUGCAGCAGUUUAGCGACGGAUGGGGCUACGUCGUCAACAGCAGGGGUGAACACGGCAUGGUCCCGCUCAAUCACUUGAGGCCUCCCGCGUAGAAGUCGCCAGAGCUGGGCUAGUGUUUCCCGACAACUAUGAACAACAAGCUGACCGACUCUGGACAUAUACUCUUGUUUUUUUGGGGGGGGGUUCUGUGGCCGUCACCGCGGCAGCUUCGAGCAUCUGGCGGCUGCCUAUGCAGGGUUGUGACGAGCUGCUCUGCCGAGAUGUGCUCUGUUUUGCCUGCCUGCCGAAAUGUACUCCUCUGCCUGUUGCUCAUGCACAACACCAGAAACCCAAACAUGUUCAUGUGCCCAUGAAGAUGCAAUUCAUGUCGAUUCAUGAUGAACACGGCUCGCCUGUGUGGAUCCCGAAA